AUGCACGCGUGCUUCCAUGGCGGCGGCGGCAGGGUCAGGUCCAUCGGAAUCAUCCGGGACCUCACCAGGAAUGUGAAGGCCAUGUCUCUCAAGGUGAAGAUGGGCGGCGGCGGCGGGAUUCAUGGGCGGGUGCGGCGGCGGAGACGGGGGAGCCGGCAGGAGGAGGAGAACGAGGAGGAGGAAGAGGAUGAGCUGGAGAUGCAGGGGAAGGACAUUGCGGCUGCGGCGGCGCCGUCCGCGUCCGCCAAGAUCGCGCCGGCGCAGCAGCAGGAAGCCGACGGCCACGAGGCCACGACUAGUGGUGGUGGUGGUGGUGAUGAUGAUCGCCGACGGCGGAAGGGCGAGCAAGGAGGAAGGAGGCAAGAACACUGCGACAAGUGCUGCUGCCCUCCGGACGACGGCCCCGGAGUGGAGGAGGAUGAGGAGGUGGUGGCCACGGAUCAUACCACGGCCGCAGCGACGGCGGCGGCGGCGGAGGAGCAGGAGGAGGAGAGCGAUCACGAGUGGGUGGCGGAGCCGGAGCCCGGGGUGCUGAUGACGCUGGUGGCGCGCCCAGACGGCACCAACCACCUCCGCCGGAUACGGUUCAGCGAGGAGCUGUUCGACGGCCACCGGGCGGCGCAGCGGUGGUGGGCGGACAACUACGACAGCAUCGUCGAGCUCUACAGCGUGGUCCAGCCCGAGCCCGAGCACGCCGUCGAGGAAGGCGGCAGCAACGACGCCGACUCGGUACCCGCAACCCCGUGCCAGUCCGAGGACGACGACCACCGCCGGCGUCGGCAGCAGGGGUCCGAUUCGGCCUCCAACUUCUCCGGCCCGUCCAGCGGCAGCGGCAGCGGUAGUCGGGGCGGGUCGGCCAGCACGGUGGGCUCCCCCAUCCUCGGCCUCGUCACGGCGGCCGGCGGCGGCGCGAGUGCGACGCAGGCCAAGCACAGUCCGACGUAGAGAAAAACUCAUGUUCAAUUGUUCAUCGAUGAAAUCACUAACAAAGCAAAAUUUCUUUUUUUUUCUUUUACAUUUUUUUUCUGCGAAGGAAACAAAGCAGAAGUGUUACGACCUUUUUAUACACAGCAGAAGUGU